AUGAUCAGGCUCGGAACCAAAUCCCAACCAAGUGAUGAUUGUAGGCCAUAGAAAACCUAAUCAGCUUUAAGAUGUUUUUUUCUUUUUGUGUUUCUUUUAAUUAUAUUGAUAUUUUUUUCAGCAACGGACACUUCGCCCAUCAUGAAGUGGAACCGCAUUGAAGGUAUCUUCAUUUUUCUAAGUUAUGCUUUUUAUUUCAGGAAAAUUGAGUCUGAAGCUGUUGCUAAUGAUAGCAAUGCUGAACGCUUUUUCUGCUGGUUUGCUUAUUUUUUCCCUUUAUAUAGUCCGUUCAGAUUUUGAAUGUCAAGAAGAAUGACGUCAUUCGAGAACGCUCUGUGGGUGGCUCGCUCUCUGAUUGGUUUAUCGCGCCAUUAGGGGCGGAGCUUGAGCGAGGACUUGACAUUUGAAAGCUGAACAGACUAUACUUUUUGUCGAGAAGGUUAGCUUCAUGACUGACGCGGGAUAGUAACCACGUCGCGAUUUUGUAAAAUCGCAAAACGCUACUCCACUUUACUUUAUGAAAAACGAGAAAUACAUAAGUGGAAAUGUUUGUUCUAUAUAUUAAUUCACUUUGAUUGGAAGAAUGCGACGAACCUGAAAAAUUUCUUCACGUUCGAGUUUUAAUGUGAAGUCUCCAUAAUUCUAUAGAGUUCAUAGGCUUUUAUCAGUUCAUUUUAUCAUAUUAUAACUCGAAAAGUUCAGACGUAGUAUCUAAUAAGUUAGGUCAAGAUGACGUCACGAAACAGAAUUUGCGUUUUCACUGGAAGUGUCGCUAUGUCUUUGCAGAAAUCGAAGAAUGUUAUUAAGAUAACAUUUUUUGUCAUAUUCAGCCGACAGUAAAUAAAAGAUACUGAUGUACUCAAUAUUUAGAAACACAUCGGAAAAUUUGAGAAAAAAAACAUUUUCAUAUCCUUUUUUGCUACAGAUUUGGGGAAAAUUGAUUCCUUGCUCCAUGAAAAGUGCGUUGCGAUUUAUAGAAUCGAAAGAAUAAAUCUUAUUGGAAAAUAAGUUUCAUGAGAAUGAAAGCGUCUAGAUAACGAGCAUUCACUACACCAGCCCUGUUACAAUCAAUGAGAAUCCUCAACUUGCAGAAGAUUGCUGCAAGAGGCCCAUUUAUGCGUACGGAGAUAAGGAAGCUAUCCCAACCGAAUGCGAUAAGUCGAAAUGUACCGAAGAAGUGAUCUACGCAGAAAAUGCGCAAUCUACUGGAGAUGUCUACAAGUUUUUGAUUUCGGUGAAAAAAAGCAGUACGAUCAUCAUGAUUGGAAACACGUCAACUUACAAUCUUGCCGGUCUGGUAGAGAUUGUCCACAAGGGACCGGGUACGUUUCAUUUAAUACUGAAAAAAAGGAAAUACUGGAUAUUUUAAAUAAAUUUUCGGUUAAACUUUAAAACAAAAAGUAUAGUUUUUUUAUUUGAUUUGGAAUAAGGGAACCUGGGCUUACAUCUCCCUACUGUUUCUAUUGUUCUCUACUAUUUCAUUAGACUCCUUUUGCUUCCAUUUUUGGAAAAAUCAUCUUCUGUUUGUAGGUUCAGCAUUGACAUUGAUGAACGUCAAGUUGAUCGAUGAAUCUUUCGCGAAGUUAAAAACGAUCAAAGUGGACGACAUCUCGAAUUAUUGCAACGGCGGUACCGAACUGAUCAAGAUAGAAGGAAGUAUCCCCUCAAGAUAUACUCGACCGACUGCACAAAGUGGAAAAAUAAGGUAUUCUAGAAUAAACGAGGAGAUAAAAAAAGUAUAUUUCAGUUUUUUUCGAAAUUUCCAGCUGAUUUUUCCUAAAUUCGUAGAAAGUUUGUCUUGACGCGAAAUGAUUAAAAUAUUUUAUGCUUUUUAUAAAAAGUUGCACAAAAACAUUUUAGCAGUUUUAUAACUCUCAGAAGGAAAUCACAUCAUCAAAGCCGAUCGCUUUCUAUUGUUUGUAAUAUCCAUCAAGUAGGCUCAAAUUUACAGUCACGAGUAGCCUUCUAAUAUAUUUGUAAGAGGAAAAAGAUUUUCUAGAACUAUUAAGAAAAAAAUAUGGUUCAAUAUUCAAAGCUCUUAUCGUCGGAAAUCAAUCUUCACUGAAAUCAUGGGAAAUUUUCAAAGGAAUUGUAUAUUAAACACUAGAAUAUUUCGUCAAAGGCAUAAUAUCAAAAAAAGUUUAGUUUAGAUUUGAAAAAGUAAAUGUAAUUGAGCGCUUCUGCAAGAUUAUUUCCCUUUGGACAACCUAGAAGCUUUCUUUAAGAGCAUGAAUGGUUUCAAAGGAAAAACUCGAAAAAAAUUCUCAGAAAAAAAGUAAUCUUGUUUCAGACUCUAGCUGCAUGCAAGUCACUGACGACUACUCAGCCGACGGUUCUCGGCGCGACCCAGGGAGUGGGAGUUUCGAGCUCGAACUCUUCCGCCGCGGUGAUCUCCCAAUUAUGCACGCAGAAGAUAGAUGCCGAGAAGGAGAAGUGCUCUAGCAACAGUGAGUUUGGAAAAAAACCAACUGGAAAACUGAAUUUUAGUGAUAAAAAAAUGAAAGUGCUUUUUGAAAAAAAGUAAUUAACCUUUUUGAAAAUUUAAAUUCAGUGAACAUAGUGGGUAUUUAAGGAUGUAAAAUGUAGAGGUUUUACAGUGAGAAAAUGUAGAAACAUAACCUUUUUCAGAUAUCAUUUUAUAAUUUUUUUACAUCAUUGAGCCAACAGUUCUUUGAAGUUUCGACAAAAUUGAAAAGAGUUAUCUGGACUUUUCUUCACAGACACGCUGCUGUACAUCGCCUGUGGAGUGAUAGUGGUCCUUCUGAUUGUGAGCAUCGUUUCGACGAUCAUCGCCCUCAAGCUCUACUUAUGGCGCCACAAAAAGGACCUAGUCCUAGCUUCCUUCGGUAUUGGUUUUUUUCUGAUAGCAAAAAUUAAGAAUGUUCUUAAUUUUUUUAGUUACCAAAAAAAUAGAACUUAAAAACAACAAAGAAACAAAAAAAUAUAAUUAUGAGCUUCAAAAACUUCGAGAAAUUAUAAAGGCUUUUUGAAAAGUAAAUGCUCGUUGAUGUUAUAGUAAAAAAAUUAUUCCAAUGAGUCUCACUUUUGAAAAUUUUUCCGAGUUUGGAGUUUGAGGCUUCGAGACAUUUUCACAGAACAGUAUCUGGCCAAAGUUCCCCAACCGUAAAUCCUUUCUUGUUAACGAUUUUAAAUUUUAAAAAAUUGUUGUUUUCAGGUUCGUACGCCGCUCAAGUUUUCGACAGGGCCAUUUACAACUUAUGCGACCAAGAUUGUCGCUCGCGUUAGUUUUUUCUUUUCAAUUUACGUGGUUAAUCCGAGGAAUUUCAGUGAUGCGAGUCUUUUCGGAUACGCACGCUGACGCUGCCGAUGAUGCACGUAAGAACUUGAACUUUGUUUUCUGAGCUUAAAUUUCUCGAGCUCAGUUCCGAGUCUCUUUGAACGGAUUUUCCUUUCUAUUUUUUCCAUGCGGAGCAAACUCCGGCAGAAAUUAUUUAUUUUUUUUCUUUCAGACGAUGAUGUGGCAAGAGAGAAGAAGUUGGCUGCGCGUCGAUUCUGGAAAGUCCAGCAAGGCAAGAAGUUGGAACCCGACGAUGACUUUGGGGAGCCGCCUGAUGAUAAAUUCACUCCUGUCACGGAUGAUGAAGUCUUCCGGCGGGCCAGAGAGGGAAUCAUGUCCGAAGACGUCCAGGAGGCGCUGCAGAAGUACGAAGAAGUAAAGGCGAGCAUUGUCACAAAGGGAAAGUUCGAUCCUCCGAAGAAUGUGAAGCCCAUCUCGGACACACGUCAGCGAAAUCAUGAUCUGAUGGCUGCGAUGAAGUCAUCGAGUCGGAAGAAGGUCAAGCCGGAUGCCCCAUUUUAUAUGGAUCCUUCGAUGUUCGUGGACCCAAAGAAGUUGGCCAGGGAGGGACAGCUGCCGAAGAGACCAGAGCCGCAGUCCAAGGAUCAGACAAAGUCGUCGGUGCCCGCCUCCAAGGACAAGGUUCCCGCUCCUCAGACCAACCGCAAGCCUGCUGGCGCCGAAGCCGCUGCCAAACAGCCCGCCCCUGCAAAGAAAGACGCUAAAAAAGCCGCCCUCGCAGGAGACCACUUCGAAGGAACCUGUCGGCAAGUCUACGACUCAGGUUAGUUUGAAAGAAAAAAAUUUCGGUUUUUGAAUGUUAAGAAAGCUUAACUGUUAUAAGAGUUAGCAGACGAAAGCUCAGACGCUUCGAAGUAGAGAAACAUUUGGCUUUCAAGUUGAUUCCGGUCUCAUCUUUCAGCUCACCGACAACAAAACUGCUGCUCAGACUCCGGCUCAAGGUGCGGGUUCGGUUGAAGAACCGCUGCCGCCGCCAAGAGUCAGAGAGUCGGAGGUCGACCCAAAGUACGCUGGACAGAUCCCGAAGGACGUGACGCCCCGAGCUCUCUGCAAACCGUUGCGAAUCAAGACGUCUGCAUGCCCGGAAAUCUCCAAACAGUUCUCCGGAGAGUCCGACGAGCUGAGUGAGUAGCCUUGAAAAGAGAUGACAAAAUCAUUUGCCAAUUUCAGAGCAAACAUUUACUGUUCUAGCCAUGAUCUGCAACAAGUUCGAAGAGGUCCUGGAGGCUCACAGAAUAGGUAAAAUUAGAAAAAUUGCAGCUUUAGGAUUUGAAAAACCAGUUGAUCAUCAUCGAUCCUUGAUAACAUAAUUCAGCUAUGAACGUGCUCGUUAGGAUGGUGGAGGAUGCCGUGAUGUCCACGCGCGGAGCCGUAUACGACACGACGAUUAUCCGUGAGCGAGAGGGCGAUCUACGAGUUCCUUUGACUCAGGGGUUGCCCGUGCAAGGACGAUGGCAAAAAAAGGCUGCCACAUCCAGGGUCAGUACUUCGGCUUGUUCGGAAGGCACUGGGAAGGCGUUGGGAAGAUCAGCGUCCAGUUCCGUGGAAGGCGUUCGGAAGGUUUCCAGCAAGUGGUCGAAAAGCCUUCCGAAUAGCUUCCCAACACCUUCCCCGAAUUCGCCUGAGUAACUAAUUUUUUUCUUUACAUCAUUUCUUUUUUUCCAGACUUUUUUUGAAGGACCUCGAGAUGUUGCGCCAGAACGACGGAGACGGUGAUACAGAACUCUACAACCUUCUCGAGAAUGGCGAGCGAUUCCGUGCCCAGAAGUUGGGCGUCGCAGGAAAAAAACUACACAUAUUUCUGGAAUAGUUCGUUUUAUCCUUAUGCGAAUCCCAGUACUGACUGCUGACGGGGCACCUCAGAUCUUCCUGCUGUUUCGAGUAGUCGCCUCCUGGCGGAACUACCUACUUCUGGAAUAGUUCGUUUUCAUUUUCUUCCACUGAAAGUCGAUUACUGGAAGAAAAUGAAAAUUUAUUAAUAUCAAUGCGACUGAGGAAGUUUUUUAACAAUGUUAGCGCUUUGCGGUCGAUAAACUCGAAAUAUGGAAUUUUUUUUCAAUAAAAACGAGUUUCAGAGAAGACGACUACGGCCGAGGCGGUCCUUCCGGGAGAGACAUACGAGAAGGCCAUGGUUCGUAUGGAAGGUGAGAACUUCCUUUUUUUGUAGGUGAUUUAAGGCAUACAUGCGGAUUUAUUUUUUGUCAAAAGCGUCUAAAAAUUGCGGAAAAAAAUGUUCAAUUUUUUCAGAAGAGAUGGAAGACCUCAAUCGCGUGAUCGAUCUGUACAAGAUUCGCAAGUGCCGCCUCCGAGCGAACCGUAGGGCAACUCAGGGGGCGUCAAAAAAAGGCGAAGAUGUACCCCCAGCUCAAGAAGAUAGAUACGAAAAAAGCCGAAAGACGACAAGAAGGUCGCCGGUGAGAAGAAGGAGAAGGAGAGCGAGGCGAAGGAAAAACGAGAAAGAGUCCCAGGAGACCAGCAAGGAGAAAAAAAUUAGAGUCAUCGUUUUUUUCCGCCUUUAUUACUGGUUCCCGGCACGGCUUUUUUUCACUGAUUGCAUUUAUGAAAUCUUUUUUUCUUAUCAAAGUCCCGUUUUAUUUAAAUUAUACUGUAGGGAAACUUUAUAAAAAAAUUUAAUCGUAUCGCAAAAAUAAAAAUAAUUUUUUUGUUUGCUUCUGGUUUUUUGGGAAUAACAUUGGAGUUUAAAACAUGCUCGGCUUACUGUGGACGUUGACUGCAUACACGGAGCUCGCGAUUAAACUGAAAAACAUUUGAAAUGACGACGAAGGAUUUUUUUCUGCUACUUGUUCGAACACGGGCCGUUCUUCUUGCUCAAUUUUUUUAUAAGGUAUUUCAUAUUUCUUUUCAAUAUUAAUGGUGACCUCCUUAUUUUUCAAGUGAAUAUUGCUUUUUUUAAAAAUAUUUUCUGGGAACCACAUAGCUUUAUCAACUCGAUUAUCUGUUAUAAGCCAAUGAAACAAUACAAUUCAAUAAUGUUUUUUUGAUUUCAUUUUAGUAUUGAAAAAUUUCGGAAGGUUUUGAAUUACUAUUACAGUGCGGAAUCAACAACUUUCAUGUGCACAUAAAAGCUAUUUGCAUAUUUUGAAUUAAACAUCUUGGCAAAUGUAGAUUUCUUUUCGGAAAAAUGGCAAGGAUUUCAAGAGGCUAUGAGAAAAUGCAUGUUUUCGAAAACGUCUCGUCUACAUUCCGAUGACCCAUAUAUAGCCCGUUCACGGCUGACCUGGGACAGCGAACGGGCGGUUUAAUUUUCGUGGCGAAGGUAGAUCAUUGUGGCCAUACAUGCGCCUUUAAUAAGAGACUCAUUUGGUGAAUUUUUUUUGUUUACAUUCAUAUCAUUGGUUUUUAGAUUUUUUUUUAAAUCGAUAAAAUACAAAAUAAAAACAAAUAAGCCAAAAAAUAGGGCUUUUAUGAAAGGCGCAUGGAUAUUCGCCAUGAUCUACUUUUGCCGCGAAAAUUAAACCGCCCGUUCGCUGUCCCAAACCAGCCGUGAACGGGCUAUAGUCUGUUCAGAUUUUGAAUGUCAAGUCGUCGCUCAAGCUCCGCUCAUAAUGGUGCGAUAAACCAAUCAGAGCGCGAGCCAUCCACAGAGUGUUUUUGAAUGACGUCAUUGCACUUGACAUUCAAAAUCUGAACAGACUAUAGAGUGGCCCUGGAAAACUUCUUACUAGGAAAUUUUCUCAGCUCACAGCGGGACUUCUAAAUUAGAUGUAGUUUUUACGCUGAUUCCAAAUCUGUGUUCAGAAGUUGCCCUUGAGACCUAUGAAAAAACAUAUAGGUUGGCAAAGUUUAAAAAGUCGUUAUCUCCAAUUGAGCACAUUUUUGUAGGGGUAUAUAUAAAAUGUUUAUUUUCGCUCACAGACAGAUCUGUGGCGUGAAGGAAGAGAACCGGAAAAGUUAUGUUUUUUCCUCGUAUAUAGUUCUUCUUGGUUUGGUCACCAACUUUGGUCAAUCGGCGCAUCCUCAAAAAUAGCUAACGGAGUUCACUUUCAAAUUCAAUCAGAAUUCGCACGCGGUCAAUCAAUAAAUAUAGUCUGUUCAGAUUUUAAAUGUCAAGUCGUCGCUAUUUUACUUCACAGAACAAGCUCAAAAUACAAAGAUCUACUGAUUCAAAGGUGUAGAAUCAGAAAAAUCAUAAUGAAAAAUUUGAUUUGGAAACGUUUGGUUACCGAAAAAAAUCUCUAAAACUGCCGAAAAAGCGCAAAAAAACAGUGGAAAUCAAUGUUUUCCAAUCUUCCAGACCCACUUAUACUUUUCAGAACAGUCUCUUAAGUGACAUAUAUAUAUAUAUAUAUAUAUAUAUAUAUAUAUAUACUAUUUUACUUACUUACUUUGAUACUUUGAUGGUCAUCUUCGAUGAUGAUCUUCCUUCUCACUGUGAGAAGUGAUAUCUAUAUGAUAUAUAUAUAUAGAUAUAUAUAUAUAUAUCAAUUCAAUAGAGUAGAAUCGAAAAAAAUCAUAUCGAAAAAAAUUUUUAAAAACCGUUUUACAGUCGAAAAUUCUCAAAAAAACCGAAAAACCAGUACAUGAUUUCCAUUCUUCCAGACCCAUUUAUACUGUUCAAAGCAUGAUAAAAAAAGAGACGUACUUUAUUUCAAUGAUAUAUAUAGUUUGUUCAGAUUUUGAAUGUCAACCAGCUAAUUCCGCCCCUGCUGAGACGGUACCUUUUCGCGUCGAUUUUUCAUCGCGCGGGACUAAUUUUGAUCUUUUUCGAUCUAAAAGAUAGAAAAAGAAGUCAAAAAAUGCAGCCUUAUUAAAGGGCCAUUGGCAUCUGUAGAUAAAACAUUGACGUGAAAAAUAUUGUAGAUUUGGGGGUGGAGUUAGCUGCUUGACAUUCAAAAUCUGAACAGACUAUAAUCAGAAAAUCAUCAUGAAAAAAAAUUUCCAAAGCUUUUGAAGAUAAAAAUAUUAAAAAACCGCAAAAAACAGCGUAAAACAGUGCGAAAACUCCUUUACAAAUCUUCCAGACGCAUUCAAGCUUUUCCGACCAAGCUCUAGUUCAGCAUACGUUAUGGUUCGAUAGUUCCGAUUCAGAAAUUGAUGUGAAAAGAAGGGAUAAAAACUUCAUCUUCAAGGAAUCCAAGAUACCGCCGUAAACGUCUCGGCCAACGUAGAUUUUCCAGGAAACAGCACGCGCAAACACCUCGAGGACAGAGAAAAUUUUUCAAAUGUGCUAUAUUGUCCAUUUUUGAGGUUUGAAAAAGAAAAAAGACUUUGUCCUAAUCAAUAACAUCAUGGAAACAUUAUUUAAGGACCACUACACACGGACAUACUCACCCAAAACUUUGUCGACGAGCAGGAUCUCUUUCCGAUGAAGCCUAG